CUUGUUUGGGUGCUCGUAUGUGGGGGGGGUUGGAGUGUCCUUGGGGGGGAUGCGAGAUUGGUUGGAGCUGGCGCUGCCAGGGCCUGCGGUGGCUGUGGGAAACGGUGAGGGAGGCCUGGGAGCCUCAGCUGAGGGAUUCGUCCUCAUACUGAGGUGUUCCUCCUAAAGAAGCUGUUAUGGAGAAGGUGAGUGCUCGCUGCAAAACCUUGUUUGAAUUUUAAUGCCAUGACUUUGGCCUGUGACACAAAUAGAAGAGCAGACUGCUCAGCAUGGAGACCCUUAACAGUAUCUUGUGGGAUAUCUGCUACAAAUUAAUAAAGAAACGCUAGGUUUUCAGGCGCUGAACCUCUGUUGUCUUUGUUGUAACUAGUGGAAAAUUCCAAAGGUAGGUUGAUUAUGGCUCUUUAGUGAAAUAUUUUGAUUCUGUUUUGUUGAGGAAAAAAUCGUAUGAAAAUAUUUUUGUCACUCCUAAAAACAAAAAACCAAAGCUUCUAAUAGUUAGCAUAACUACAGGUUUUGCUAUCCGAGUAGUUUUGCAACAAAUUAAAUGGCUUUAACUCUCCCUUUUGUUGGCUAGAGGGACUUAAUGGAGGCUAAAAAGUGCUGGUAGCCAGUUACCCCCAGUUCGGAUCAUCUCUUGUUGGUUUGAUAGGGGAAGAUAUGAACAGCCAGUCACGUCUCAUGCCCUUAUCCACAGUACAGCAUGACCUCAUGUAUUAAUAGGACAGAAAAGACUGUGUAUGCAUUUUCUUUCCUUUUACUUAAAUAAAAAUGUAUGACACUAAGCUUCCAGUUUUAAAACUCCUCUAGUCCUGCACCUAUUUAUUGAGGAUUGAAGCUCUCACAGCUAGAGCUGCAGUUGUGUCUAUGCUGGGAGCACAGGGGUACCAGCAGCUCCAAGUAUUUGUUCAUAUUUCACAUCUUUGUAAAAUGUAGUAACAAUAUAUCCUAGUAGAUCCACAACUUUCACUGUGCAGAUUACUGUUUUGUAGGUCUUUGUAACCAGGUCAGUUGUACCAGCCUGGUCUGUCACUGGAGGUGUCCAUGCUGCAGUAAUGUUUAUCUCGCCAGCUUGCUGUAUUUUUUCCAAGACCAAGAAUUUUUUGUUUCAGUUGUUCGUAUUUUCUCCAACAGUAAAAACAUUUGUUUGAGAAGGUACGGGUGAGAGUGCUCCACCGCACCUCCUGAGCUCUGUAGGCCCAAGUGUUGGGCAUUGGAGUAAAUGGGGGAGAAGUACUGGGGUGAGGGAAAAUCAGGACAAACUAAUUCACUUCUAAACAGUGGGAAUAGUAUAGAGGGAUGAAUUCACCACAAGCAGAUGUUAUAUAAAGUUAUAUUUAAUGCGUAGCCUCCUCAAGGUCAGUUUUAUCAGAGUUUGCUGUCAAGUAAAAAGCUUUGAAAAUGUACAUUAAGUAAUGAAGUAUAGGAGAUAUACACAACAUUGAAUAGGAUAAUCAUCUCUACUCAUAGUCCCCUAAGUUUUAUCGUUGUGAGUGGCAGUGAUCAGCUGCUACUGAAGUCUGCCAUGCUUUUAAAGAAACACAAAAUGCAUCCUUAGCCUAGUUUUUGUUUGAACUUAAUUUGCAAGCAGCAGAGAUGGUGUCAUAGUUUAUUCCUCAAAGCUUUCUCAGAGAAGUGCUUGCAAAAUGAUACUACGUCAAGAAGAGUUACAUGUAUCUGAAAGGUCAAAACUGCCAGAGGGACUAAUAAGGAAUGUUCAAAAUAAUUUUGGAUGGCUGUGUAAUUCAGGGUUUUUCUGGCUGUCUCUGGAAACAGUACUCUUAAUAUUGGCUAAGGCAGAUUUUGACCAGACUUCCUGGUUAAGAUCUUAAGCUCAAGUAAAAAAAAAAUCCUAUUUUGUCAUUCUUUUAUAAAGUUGCAAGUCCUUGUUCCCAAAUUCAUUGCAUUUAUGUUUGUCUUGGAAGUUGGCAAAGCUGAAACAUUCCUGAUUACCAAAUCAUAAUGUGUCUGUCUUAGAACUGUGAUUUAUACCGUGUUAUGUGUAGUUAACUGAGUUUAAGCCUAGGACAGAACAAAGAAAUGUCUAGACUGAAGGAUGUGCCUUGUGAACACCGUGUUUGUCCAGUACACCUGCCUGCAUCUCUUGUGCAAAGCCAAGCAGGUUCUUUGCUCAAGUGGGUAAAUGCAUACUAGUGCUUUACUGAUGCUUGUGUGUAUGGCAGGAGAGUGAACUUGUUAUUGGUAGGACUCCGUGCAGGAUUGCUGUAGCCUGCCAGCUCAUCUAGCUGAGGUGCUUCCAGCUGCGCAUGCUCCAUGCAUUCCCUGUGUUCCAGCUGGAGCCGGGCCCUACAUCCAGUCCUUGGGAAGAGCUGCUCUGCUGUAGCUGUCCUGUGCUGGAUUCUGUUAAAGGCGUCAGAGACAGUGAGAUGCUUUCAGAAGCCUCUCCGUUAAAAUUGAACCUGAGACAGACCAAGGUAGUAAGUUUGAGAGGUGAAUUAUAUAACAUGGCAUAACAGAGCCUUCCUGCACCUAUUUCAUAGCUGGCUUGAUGUUUCUGUUGCAGAAUUACUGCUUUACUGAUAUGAAUUGUAUUGUGUGUGAGGAAACAGACCUUGGAGGUCCCUGAGGAAUCUUUUUCAGCCAUGAAAUGAAGGAGUUUGCAGGUCCAAAGGCCGGUUCCUGCUGGUUGCAGUUACUGUGGUCUGACUUGCCUUUGAGACAUCUUUGCGAAGAUCAAUAGGAGUAGUUUGUACUUGAAAUGACAUUGUUUCACUUGAAGUGUGGAGCCGGGAAUGGUUCCUAGAAUUGGCUGCCCGGAGUAAGCUGCUUGCCUUGCUCUGCAGGUAACUGUAGCACCGCUCUGCAAAGCUCUGGCCAAGUCUUCGUGGCUGGGUGUAAGGGAGCGUCCUUGGGAAGCUGCAGGCAAGAACCUGUCUCCAGAACGCUGUGCUGUGGUUGCUAACUAACACUGUGUGUGUGGGUCUGAUGUAGUGUGCCUUCCUGCAGGGCAGAAGAGAAGUGUUGUGUCUGGAGAAUUCUCGAGUAGCUGUGUCGCUGUUGAUGGUUUAAUAAAACAAUAAUAAUAAAAAUUAAAAAAUGGAAUUGGAAAUGGUUUUUAGGGGUACUCUAAUAUUGCCCUGUGAAUAAAAAUUUCAGUUUGGUGCUGCGUAACAUCAGAACAAACAUAAGUUCAGGUUACCUUCUGAGUUUUGCUGUUCUGUAAAGAUGCAUAGAUCUGAAACUACCAGGUUUUUUAAUUAGUUUUAUCAGUAGCUUGUUUUAUUUUUGAGUGAAGAGUAGAAGAUCAAAAUACAGCAUACUAAAAACUAGUUAUUAAAAAUAAGUUCUAAAAGCAUGGGGUUCCUCAUUAUGUGGUUAAAAUGAAGAAACAAAAGCACAAUCAAGUUUUGAAAUCUGAUUGCAUGUGUUUUGCUGGCAGUGGAACUGAAUAUUGGAUGUUUGCGUGCUCUUGCUACACUACAUUGUGUGUUGUUUUCCCACUUGAUAGGCAUGAAGGAAUAGGGCAUGACUGCCCUUUCCAGGCUAACAGGUGCUUUUUCAUGGACUGCUCCAGGGAAUUCUUGGUUUUUGUUGGAGCAGGGCACAGUAGCACUGAGAUUCAAUUUUCAUACACUUACACUGGGGGUGCAGCUUCUCGAAUGGCUCUAAAAGUCCUCUGUCAACUCCCAUUGCAUCAGAGUCAUGCAUGAAUCAGUCUGGUUUGGCUCUCUGCCCUUGAGAACGGGAAGUAAUAGUCCGUAGGUUAUCUUGCUUGUGCCCAAGAUCUUGCACAGAUUUUGUAGGCUUUUUGAUUACCCACUUUUUGGUGUCUCGAUUCAUCUGAUGGAGUAGCCUUGCUGAAAAAAUAAUAAGGUGUAUUUUUAAUGAUAGGAGAAGAAUGGCUGCUGUUUUUUCAAGAGGCAGUUUGUAUAACACUUCCACUUAUUGGUCUGUUCCACUUUUGCUAGGUCACUAAAGCUUGUGGUAGGAGCAGUGUACAGAAUGAUCUGUAUGUGUGUAUCAGGUGUUAACAGAGAAGUUUCCUUAUGAAGUCAACACUACCAAUAUUAGCUUACCAUAUUAAAAGUAAUGUUAAAGUCUCGUAGAAGCCACAUUGUAGGGAAGGGAUUUAACUUUAACUUCAAAGAAAAUACAAGUUAGGACUUGAUAGAAAUUUCCUUUCUGAAAGAAUGUUAAAUAGCUUUGCUUGUCUGAUGUCACUUUGUAUACGUGGGCAACUGAGGUGGGUACAUAAAUGGUCUGAGCUAGCAGAGAAUUCCUUCAGCAGUGAAAUUGCAGCAUUCUUUCAGAAGUGAUGAUAGCGGGAUGCUCUGCAGGCUCUUGGUGCUCUCCAGAGCCAUCAUGUUCCAAAGACUUUGAGCUGUGUUGUCCUCUAAGCUUAACCCCACAGACCUGCAUUGCUUGUAAGUGUGUGGGGAGUGCGUACAGUCAGAAGGGAAUGACUGCAACCAGAGAGGACAGGGAAAUGGAAGGCAAGGAAAUUGACUACUAACUAGCUUGUUUGUUAACGAAGCUCUUCUGCUCUCUGCUUUCCAUCAAGCUGGCUUUAAGCAAAAUAGUUUAUUUGGCAAAUACCUUCUAUGUGGUGAACUGGGCUGAGGUGUGUUACACUAACAAGGCAGAGCCAUCAUCGGGUGUUGUGUAAGAGACACGUUCUUAAGAUAGGCAAAUGUUCUGUGAGACGUGUGACAAAGCAUGGUGUGCUUACUGCAGCCAGCCUUGACAGAGUUGAUCAAAGUGCUUUUUAAUAUGUAAAAAGGAGAUACUUUCUCAUUAAGUAAGGCAAGAUGACUAUUUCACUGCCCAAUUGAAAACAUGAUUUCAGAAUAGUGGGGGAUUACAUGCAUUAAUCAAGCUUACAUGAAAAGUUUGAGUUCAUAUGUGAUGAACUGUUUCACUUUUUUAUAGUGCUGACUUCAGUGCCAUUGUACUUUUCAAUUGCUACUAGUGAAAUUAAUUCUUAAUGGCAAAAUACCUUGCUGUGAUAACUCGCAUUUUGCUUUUAUGUCAUCAUAAACUUUUGUCUGCCAUAGAGUUCUCCAACUUGAGUUUGUGUUUUGACUGGUACAGCAGUUUUGAGGAACUUCCCCAAUUUGCAUGAAUUUUCUUGUGGUGCUGUAUGUCUUGAAGUGGCUAGGAUCAGCAGCCUUCAUUUUGCAAGAUGAGUAGAUAAGUCAUGGACACUUGAUGACUGUGAAUGAGGGUCAUGCACUUCAGAGGGGAACUCAUAUUUUUCGGGUGGCUUUGUUAACAUCUGUUCAAGUCUUUAAGGGACAUAAAAGAAGAUACUGCCUCUUUUUCUUACACCUUGAAUACGUGAUUGUCUGAUAGGAAAAUGUUUUGAUUAAGGAGGAGAAGCAUUUACUAGAUCUUAUUGCGCUCUGAGAAAGCUUCUCGGAGCUACUUUUAGUGGGAGACUUUAUAGGAUCUUCUAAUUGUUUAACAGCAGAUGAUCUUAUUUUAAUGAGCUCCAAUUACUUGUGUUUUUUUUUUUUUGUAGUUCUUCAUCAAGUUUAUCUUAAAUUCUGUGUAAAAGCAUUGGACUUGUAUGUAAUAUGGGUAUUUCUUAUGCCUGAAGAUUGAAAAUACUUAUUUCUUAGUAGCUUUCAAUUUACUGAUGGAAACCAUCAUUGAUUUACAUCUUUCUUGGUUAACAGAGGGCAUAGGUCUCACAGUAAUUGUUGGAGGUGUUUGCAGGGUUCCUGGUGAGAACAUUGAAGUGGAUCUUUGCAGCUGGGGUUCAGAAGCCUGCAGGAUCUGUGAUCUGCAGAAAGAUCUGGUGAGCCUUGAGGCUUCUUGAGGUGUUAGCACUGCAAUGUGUAUACCUCGUGCAAAGUUUUUAUUCCUGAGUACGUCUCUUGAAGAAUUAGAUUGGUUGCUUAUGGCUCUGAAGAGAGCACGGGCUGACAGGGAUAACAUCCAUUCAUACCUAUUGCAAACACAGAUAAGUCAUUCUGAAGGAUGUGAGGAGCACCUCGCUCACAGCUGCUGCUGAAAGCAUCGCUUUGUGAAGCCAUCUCAGACAUGCUGGUUUGACUCUGCAGUCCCAGUCUUGUACUGAUUCUUUAUAUACAAACAAACAAGGGCUUUAAACAUGGGCAACACGUAAGCACAUGUUGGCAUGCUGAGGAAUUAAUUUGGAGGUUCAGGCAGAAGAUAGCGAUGUAAAUAUGCGCUGCUACCCACCAUAUUGCUGACUUAGGCUUUUUUGUGGCCUCAUGGAUAUUCCAGCUGUGCUGCCCAAGGCACCUCGUUUCCAUGUAAGGUUCAGUUCUGUGUGUUUUAUUUCUUUCAGCAGCCAUCUUGUUAACAAAGCCUCAUAUCAAUCAGGUAUUGCUGGCAGGAUGCUCAUACAGUGAAUCAGGUUGGUGUCUGACUUGGUUGGGGAAUUUGGUUUGCAGUUUGUUCAGCUGCAUUGUCUGUUUCAGCGUUGUAACGCUUCUGCCAGAAGAGCACAGGAGAUGCUCAAUCAAACAAGUUGGGCAGUGGUGAAGAGCUGCUGAAAUGGUGCAAGUGUCAAAUGUCUACAAUAGCCCUAUUCACCAGAGGAACAGAAGAGUGAUAUUUCUUGCAGUAGGUGCCAGAUGAAGCAGGCCUUUCUUAAAACUUCCCAUGUCUAAAUGGACUCCUGAAUGUAAUAUAGUUUAUACUCUAAAAGCGGAUAUGAAGAGUGAAGUUCCUUCUGAUGCACCAAAGAGACAGGAGAGCCUGAAGGGGAUCCUCUUGAACCCUGAGCCUAUUGGGGCAGCCAAAAGCUUCCCUGCAGAAGUGGAGAUGAUUGCCAGUAAAGUAGGGAAUGAGUUCUCUCACUUAUGCAGUGACUCUCAGAAGCAGAAGGAUAUGAAUGGCAACCGUACAGACCAAGACAAAAGUCUCGUGGUGCGAAAAAAGCGCAAGAGCCAGCAGGCUGGUCCUUCAUACACACAGAACUGUCCUGAUAAAGAAAACCAAGGAGUCUUGGGAUUAAGACAGCAUCUAGAAACACAGAGUGAAGACAAUGACUCUUCUUUUAGUGACUGUAUCUCUUCGCCUUCAUCUAGCCUGCAUUUUGGAGACUCUGACACAGUAACGUCUGAUGAAGAAAAAGAUGCUCCCAUAAGACACUCUCAGGCAGUGCUGAAUGCUACGAGUAGAACUCACAGUGCAAGGUCACAGAAGUGGCCUCGGACUGAGGCAGACUCUGUUCCUGGAUUAUUAAUGAAAAGACCCUGUUUUCACAGCAGUUCUUUAAGAAGACUUCCGUAUAGAAAGAGAUUUGUGAAAACCAGUUCCUCACAGCGGACACAGAAUCAGAAGGAGCGAAUUUUAAUGCAGAGGAAAAAAAGGGAGGUGUUAGCUCGAAGAAAGUAUGCUUUGCUACCCAGCUCUAGCAGUUCGAGUGAGAAUGAUCUCAGUAGUGAAUCUUCCUCUAGUUCAUCCACUGAAGGGGAGGAAGACUUAUUUGUGUCACCUGGCGAAAACCACCAGAACAAUACAGCUGUUCCUUCAGGAAGUAUUGAUGAAGAUGUUGUGGUGAUUGAAGCAUCUUCCACACCCCAGGUCACUGCUAAUGAAGAAAUAAAUGUUACCUCAACAGACAGUGAAGUGGAGAUUGUUACCGUUGGUGAGAGCUACAGGUCUCGUUCAACUCUUGGACACUCAAGAUCACAGUGGGGACAAAGCACUAGUACUCAUGCUGCACGGCCUCAAGAACAGCGGAACCGCAGCAGGAUUUCCACAGUCAUACAGCCACUGAGACAGAAUGCAGCAGAGGUAGUGGACCUUACGGUGGAUGAAGAUGAGCCAACAGUUGUGCCAACCACAUCAGCUAGAGUGGAGCCCCAGGUCGUGAGUUCUGCUUCCAGUAACAGUUCUAGUACGUCUACCUCAGAGCAGGCCUCUGAUGCAGCUCCAAACGUCUCCACCAGCCAGCCCUCUGCAGCACCAGAGACAACUUCUAGUCUUCCCAAUAGCAGCACUGCUGGUACUUCGGCUGGAGAUGAUACAAGAAGAACUGCAUCUAAUACGACACUGGAAACUGGCCCUCCAGCCAUGCCAAGGUUACCAUCCUGCUGCCCUCAGCAUUCUCCAUGUGGAGGAUCUUCACAGAAUCAUCAUGCGUUGGGGCAUCCACAUACAAGCUGCUUUCAGCAGCAUGGCCACCACUUUCAACACCACCACCAUCACCACCACAACCCUCACCCAGCAGUUCCCUUGUCUCCUUCAUUCAGUGACUCCAACUGCCCUGUUGAACGGCCUCCUCCAGUGCCUGCACCUUGUGGAGCAAGCAGCAGUUCUGGCACCAGUUACCAUGAUCAGCAGGCAUUGCCAGUAGACUUAAGCAGCAAUGGUAUAAGAAGUCAUGGAAGUGGUGCUUUUCAUGGAACAUCUGCUUUUGACCCCUGCUGUCCUGGUUCUUCAUCUCGAACUGCAAUUUAUGGGCAUCAGACUGGUGCUGGCCCAAGCCAAUCACUAACAAUAGAUGGAUAUGGAUCAAGUAUGGUUGCACAGCCACAGCCCCAACCUCCUCCUCAGGCAUCGCUUUCUUCCUGUCGGCAUUAUAUGCAUUCUCCUUAUGCUUCUUUGACCAGACCUCUUCACCAUCAAGCUUCUGCAUGUCCUCAUUCUCAUGGAAAUCCUCCUCCUCAGCCACAACCUCCACCUCAAGUAGAUUAUGUUAUUCCUCAUCCAGUGCAUCCCUUCCAUCCUUCAAUCUCCUCUCAUGCAUCUUCUCAUCCUGUUCCACCUCCACCACCAACUCAUCCUUUAGCCAAUGCAGCUGCUCCGAUUCCCCAGCAUCUUCCAGCAGCACACCAGGCUAUAUCCCAUCACAUCCCUGCAACAGCUCCGCCAGCGCAGAGGCUUCAUGCUCAUGAAGUGAUCCAGAGGAUGGAGGUCCAGAGAAGAAGAAUGAUGCAACACCCAACACGUGCUCAUGAACGACCUCCUCCGCAUCCUCACAGAAUGCAUCCAAAUUAUGGUCAUGGACAUCACAUUCAUGUGCCUCAGACAAUGUCUUCCCAUCCUCGACAAGCUCCAGAGAGAUCUGCCUGGGAACUGGGAAUUGAAGCUGGUGUGACUGCGGCUACUUACCCUCCAGGGCCCUUGCAUCCUCACUUGGCCCACUACCAUGCACCUCCUCGACUUCAUCACUUGCAAAUAGGGGCUCUUCCUCUAAUGGUACCAGACAUGGCGGGCUACCCUCACAUCCGUUACAUUUCAUCGGGAUUGGAUGGAACAUCAUUCAGAGGCCCUUUCAGGGGCAAUUUUGAGGAGCUGAUUCACUUGGAGGAACGAUUAGGCAAUGUAAAUCGUGGAGCGACACAGGGAACUAUAGAAAGAUGCACAUAUCCACAUAAAUACAAAAAGGUAACAACUGAUUGGUUCUCACAGAGGAAACUGCACUGCAAACAAGAUGGGGAGGAAGGAACAGAAGAAGACACAGAGGAAAAAUGUACCAUCUGCUUGUCUAUAUUAGAGGAAGGUGAAGAUGUGAGGCGACUUCCAUGUAUGCACCUUUUCCACCAAGUGUGUGUAGAUCAGUGGUUGAUUACUAAUAAGAAGUGCCCAAUUUGCAGAGUGGACAUUGAGGCCCAACUGCCUAGUGAAAGCUGACACCAUUUUCCAGAACUCUUGUCCUCCUUGCUCCCUCUCAUCCUUCCUGGUACUGCAGUCAACCAAAGAUGGCAUGACUUACCUGCGCAGAUUUGGAAGCAUUGAACCUAAGAGUGCUGGCUCUGCUAUAUGGUACAACUAAUGCUAGACCUACAGUUUAUGUAGAAGACCGUUGAGUUUCAGUGUAUUUAUAAAACUCUUUUUUAGGUUUUACUUUUUUUUUCUUUCGUUACUGUAUUUUUGCAUGGUUCCUUGUAUUGCAUUUGUUUGCACAUAUUAUGGGCUUUGUGACCCCAAACUUGCAGGCAAGAAUAGCUGCUUUAGUAAGUAGAACUGUGUGGUCUCUUUUUUGGUUUGUUUUACAUAGUUUCAAGCUUUGAAAGUAUGAUUUCACUCAUUACUAACCUCAGAUUCCGUAAUUUAAUCAGUCAUGUAUUUUAGUUUAAUGUAUAAAGAUCAUCUAGAAAAAGGAUAAUAUUAUGUAUUGAGACAUUCCUUCAUUAGGAAAAAAUGGCUGCUGUAUAUUUACAAUAUCAUUUCUGAGUCAAAUAACAUCUGUAACAGUGGGAACAGAAUAUGAACUAUAUUCAGUUUGAUACAUACUGCAUACUUAUCACCAGUUUUUGUCUGAUCAAAUCUGUUCUAAAAUUUCAGCACAAUGCAGAUAUAUUUGAAUGUCAAUAUUAAACAUUUAGACUGCUGUUCAGAUUGUAUUUAUCAUUUUCUUCCUAUGUCUAGAAAUUUGAGUCCCUAACUUAAUAUUUGCUGCUGUGAAACAGCUCUAGUGAACACUAAAUGUUGAUUUCAGUUAGCUGGAUUGUAGAUACUCACAGAUUGAAAAAAAAAAUUCUUAGGGAUAUGAAAAAGCUUAGAAUCUUUGUUUGGUCUCUUUCUGCUAACUUAAGUUGAGGUGUCUGUGCACACUGAGGGUUUUUUGUUUGUUUGUUUUGAAUAUAAAACCAUUCAGUCAGGACUUAGAGCUGCAGGGUUUUUUUGUUUCUCUUUUUUUUUUUUUGGUUGGUUUUAUUUGGGGGGGUUAGAUAUACAUACAUUGAUAGAACUUCUAAAGAUUCCAGGCUUGUCUUGGGAUUUUUAUUAGUUUUAAGGUUAAUAAAAUUAGCUAAAUUCAGCUGACUCUUGGUCUUUUUUUCAUUAGAAAAGUGAAAUCCUGUAAAUUUCUGUAGACAAAACUUAUGUGGUUAUCUAGUUUUACCUUGAUUAUAGAUUCCCUCUAUAAAUUACCAACAGUCCAUCACUGAUUGAAAUAUUUUCUAUAGUUAAGAUUUGCUGCAUAAUAUAGUAUAUAGAAUUAAGUUAUAAUGUACUAACAUUUUGCCUUUGGAGGAGGUUUUAAUCCACAUCAGGUCUCAAGUUGCUCAUCAACAUCCUUACACAUAUAAUAGAUUAUAGUUUAUUUAAAUGUGCUCAACAGAUGCUGAAAAUUGCAAAAACAUUGAGGCAGUAUUACUGUCACAUUGGAGAAGAUGUUCCUAGGGGAUCAUAUAUGAUGAACAUGUCAAUAAGCUUGCAUUAAGCUACCUGCUUUGUAAGUGGAUUGAAUAAUAAAUACCUUCAGUUUC